UUUCCCGGCCCAGGUUCCCGCGGCGGUGCAAGUGGCGGAGCCGCGGACCGGGGCGCCGGAGCCGGUGUCAUGGAGCCCCGCUCCUUGGACGGCAGCUUCCUGGGCGACGUGGGUUUCUGGGUGGAGCGCACCCCUGUGCAUGAGGCGGCCCAGCGUGGGGAGACCCGACAGCUGCAGCAGCUGAUUGAGAGUGGGGCCUGCGUCAAUCAGGUCACAGUGGACUCCAUCACGCCCCUGCAUGCGGCCAGUCUGCAGGGCCAGGUGCAGUGUGUGCAGCUGCUGCUGGCCGCUGGGGCCCAGGUGGAUGCUCGCAACAUUGACGGCAGCACCCCGCUCUGUGAUGCCUGUGCCUCAGGCAGUGUCGAGUGCGUGAAGCUCCUGCUCUCCUAUGGGGCCAAGGUCAACCCGCCCUUGUACACAGCGUCCCCGCUGCACGAAGCCUGCAUGAGCGGAAGUUCCGAGUGUGUGAGGCUUCUGAUCGAUGUUGGGGCCAACCUGGAAGCGCACGACUGCCACUUUGGGACCCCUCUGCAUGUUGCCUGCGCCCGCGAGCAUCUGGACUGCGUCAAAGUGCUGCUCAAUGCGGGGGCCAACGUGAACGCGGCGAAGCUCCAUGAGACGGCGCUGCACCACGCGGCCAAGGUGAAGAACGUGGACCUCAUCGAAAUGCUCAUCCAGUUUGGGGGCAACAUCUACGCGCGCGACAACCGGGGGCGGAAGCCGUCGGACUACACGUGGGCCAGCAGUGCCCCCGCCAGGUGCCUGGAGCACUAUGAGAAGACCCCCCUUAGCCUGUCUCAGCUCUGCAGGGUGAGCCUGAGGCGGGCGGCCGGCGUCAGGGGGCUGGAGAAGAUCGCCAGGCUGGACAUCCCUCCCCGGCUCAUCGACUUCCUCUCCUACAACUGAGCUUCAGGCACGAGGUCCAGGCAGACAGUGACUCGAGGCCGAGGGGGGUUCUCUGCCCUCAAUGUCGGAAGCUGUGCCGCUGCUGUGGGGAGCAGCACCCUGAGUCCCUCCGGACCGUCCUGUUUCGUCUUCUGUGCAGACCCUUGGCAGAUGUUUCUAAGGCCGUGGGAAAGGCCUGGGGCUGGCCCUCCCUGGACUUUGGUCCAGCUCCCUCCAUCUUCCUCCCGGCUGUGCCGGUGUCUCUCUUCAUGACCUUCCUCGGAGGGAUUCUCAGGACAGACUCUCCAGAAGCA